GCCCACUGCUCCUGGUGUGUGUUCACAGUGUGUUCACUUCUCACUGCUGUGUUUGUGAACUUGGAUGGGUGAAAUGCAGAGCACCAAUUCACUGCUAUGCUGAUGACACUCAACUCUACCUCUCGAUCCAUCCUGAUGAAUCGAUGAAAGCUGCUCGCAUCUCAGCUUGUCUAACAGACAUUUCUUGCUGGAUUAUGGACCAUCACCUUCAACUCAACCAUGCCAAUACAGAACAGCUUGUGGUUCCAGAAAACCCAUAAUUUCAUCACAAUUUCACCAUCCAGUUAGGCACAUCAACCAUUACUCCUUCAAAAACAGCCAGAAACCUUGGAGUUAUGAUUGAUGAUCAGCUAACUUUCUCAGACCACAUUGCUAAAACUGUUCGGUCCUGCAGAUUUGCUUAAUUCAACAUCAAGAAGAUCAGACCCUUACUUUCGGUACAUGCUUCACAAAUCCUUGUUCAAGCUCUUGUUCUGUCCAGGCUGGACUAUCGCAGUGCUCUCUUCCAGCCAAUUGUAUCAAACAAUUAAUCCAAAACUGCAAGAUGAAUCUUUAAUGAGCCGAAAAGAACGCAUGUCAAAUCACUGUUUAUCAAUUUGCACUGGCUGCCAAUAGAUGCUCGCAUAAAAUUCAAGGCAUUAAUGUUUGCAUUCAAAACCACCACUGGCUCUGCACCCCUUUACCUUAAUUCACUACUUCAGAAUUUUUCAAUAACUGUUCCCUCCUGGUGGAUUGACCUGCCCAAGUCCGAGUCCUUGGCCAUCUUAAGUUACUUUGGAUAAAAAUGUUUGCUAAAUGACUAUAAUAAUAUAUAUAAUAUUGUGUGUGUAACUACACAAACACACACAUGAACAAUGUACAUGUGUGCAAAAGUAAUAUUUGUUGUUUUCAUCCACUACUAUAUAAUUUUACCCAACUAUGAUGACUUCUGCUUCUGAGAAGCCCAGAAAUGUCAAAAUGUGGAUGUAUCAUGUUUUAGUUAUUGACAUGGCAUUACAUGACACUAGAUGACAUUCACAUGUGCCAUUUGCCCACAGGUCCUCUGGAGUAUGUGGAAUGGUAAUCUCUAUUGCUAUCCUAGACUGUGAUCUGCUGCUGCAUGGCCGGGGGCACAAAACACUUGAUCGAUUUGAUAUCGAGACAGUGACGGAUUAAUUUCUGUUGACAACAUUCGGCUUCCCACGUGAGUUCAUUUAUUACCUAGUGGAACUGCUAAAGGACAGCUUGUUGAGACGGAGACAGAGGUCACGAACCAUCAGCCCAGAUGUUCAGAUACUCGCAGCCCUGGGAUUCUACACAACCGGGUCCUUCCAGAGCAAGAUGGGAGAUGCCAUCGGCAUCAGCCAGGCCUCCAUGAGCCGUUGUGUUUCUAACGUCACUUAAGCUGAUUGAGAAAGCACCAGAGUUUAUUGGCUUCACUAGGGAUGAGGCCACCAGGCAGCAGUCUAAAGAGGAGUUUUACCGAAUAGCAAGAAUUCCUAAUGUCUUGGGAGUAGUGGACUGUGCGCAUGUAGCCAUCAAAGCUCCAAAUGCAGAUGACUCUUCCUAUGUAAAUAAAAAAGGAUUUCACUCAAUCAAUUGCCAAUUAGUUUGCGAUGCCAGAGGAUGCUGCUGAGCGCUGAGACACAUUGGCCAGGUAGUCUGACAGAUGGAGCUGUCUUUAAGCAAUACAGUGUGGCAAAGCUGUUUGAAGAGCAAGACAAUGACGAAGGUUGGCAUUUAGGUGACAAUCGUUACCCUAUAAAAAAGUGGCUGAUGACCCCAGUGCAGAAUCCGGAGUCCCCUGCUGACUACCGCUAUAACCUGGCUCACACAACGACACACGAGAUAGUGGACCGCACAUUCAGAGCCAUUCAGACACGUUUCCGAUGCCUGGAUGGGGCAAAAGGUUACCUGCAGUAUUCUCCAGAGAAAUGCUCACAUAUCAUCCAGGCCUGCUGUGGGCUACAUAAUAUUUCUCUGCAGUCUGGCCUCGAUGCCUGGACAUUUGAGAGGACUGAGGCCACAGACCAAUCAGGGGAGGAUAUUGCUUCCACUGACACAGUCGACCCAGAGGCUCUCAGAGUUUGACAGGAACUCAUCCAAAAUCAUUUUAGCUUAGAUGAAAAUGGAAUUCAACAUUCAUUUUUUUAUUUUAAAGAUACAAAUGCUAUUGUCUUCCUGUAUGCUAACAUUUUGUUAACGAAUAUUCCACCAAAAAUAAAUAAAUAAAUAAAUAAU